AUGAAGCCGAGGGAUCUAAAGGCCGAGUGGGAAGCAAAGGAUGACAGCUCCGUACCGCGAAUUGAUCCUGAACGUUCCCUUUGCUUGUCCCUCCACCUCCCAAUUGUCAAGAUUGAAGGAGAACUGGCCUCUCAAUGGCAACCGCUCGAAGGCCGUCGACGCACAACUUGGAGUCCGCCCAUCUACACCUCAACCGACCGCCGGAAAUAUUCUCGCGACCACUGCAUUUGCUGUGGUCGCAUGGAGACGAAGAGUUGGGCGGAGCGGCGAAGCUGGCUGGGAUCGACGAAGGCGUUCGCACAUGAAGCGCAAUGGAUGGGGAAGCGUGGUUGGGAAGUGGACGAUGAUCUUUGUGAUUCCAGAGGGUUUCAACGACCAAGCGAGAAGCCGAUGACGAAGGAUUUGAGUGCUCGUUCGCGGACCAAAGCCCUCAACUCACUGACUCAAGGAUCUCGUCUCGAAAACUCGAUGAUGUUGCUACAGGCUCAUGGGAAACGCAUGGAACGAAUUCUAAAGGGACACUAUUGGACUGUUAACCGAGAUAUUCAGCCAUUGAAGACGAUCUUUGUGGAAGCACUUGUCCGUUCUCGUACCUGUUUACUUCUGGAGUGCCCGGCGUAUCAAAAGCCACUCUUCUCGGAUAUCCUUGCG